AUGUACCAAAAGCGAUCACACAUGUACGAUACUGAGACGUUUCAACAAUCUUCAAGAGUUGAUACUGAAGUGCUGGGUUCUAUGAAAGAGAAAAUCUUUGUCUUCCACGAUGAAUCUACCAUUCACGCAAAGGAGAGGCCUAAAUCCUCCUGGCUUCUUCCUGGAACGACUGAGAUACAAUCAAAGAAUACCGAGACCUUUGGAAGACUUGAACUAUCCAACAUUGAAUUCCAAUCUUCCCAGCAUGAUGGAGGCACUAAGCCUGUCUCAGCCAAUGCUGCUACCGUCAUCUAUCCUGGAAGUAAUGGUGAUCCAUGGUGGGACAUGGAACAGUUAUUCAAACAGGUUUCAAAGAAGGCAAUUCCCAUUUUUCAACACCUUCAUCCAAAUUCUCAAGCCGUUUUUAUCUUUGACUGUUCAUCAGAACAUGGUGCCUUUUCAAAGACGGUGCUAAGAGUUCAAAACAUGAAUCUCAAACCUGGAGGCAAACAAUCUCAUCUCCGCGACUCAAUCAUCCCUUAUCCAAAACUCGCUGGCCAAGCAAAAGGAGUCCAGACCAUCUUAGAAGAGAGAGGUCUUUGGCAGCAUUACAGAUCCAAAGCACGUGAAAAUGGCAAACCAGCAUUGAAGUUACGGUGUGACAGUUGUGCUAUGUCAAACAUGCGAAAAGAUGCGACCAAACAAUCAGCUAAAUUAUUGCGUCAAGCCAAAGACACCGGUUAUUUCUUGUCCCAAGAACAAUGUGUGAACGAGAUCAUGGCCACCAAUUCCUCAAGCCCAGAUGUAGUGGUUAAUCAAGAUGAAUCUAACAACUCAAGCACUUGCUGCUGGUCCAAGAUCAUGUCUUGUCAAUCCGAUUUUGUCAACGAACGACCAUUAUUACAACAGAUCAUCGAGGAUUCUGGACAUGUCUGUCUUUUCUUACCCAAGUUCGACUGUGAACUGAACCCAAUUGAGCUCUUCUGGUCUUAUAUUAAGGAUUCAUAUCAACAAGGAUAUAACGGUCCUCAAUCCCAAGUACUGAUAAAGAAGUACAAAUCACAUCGCUGUAUUCCUCGAAACGCAGUGAUGAGCAUUGACAUGUUGACCUGA